GCCGAGCCUCAGAGCCUCAUCUGGUCCACUCAUACCGCCGUCUGUCAAGGCUUCCAUUCUACCUAAUUCAAGAUAUCCCAACUGCCAUAAUUACCUCGGCACCUGGGCAUAUUUUCAAAGAUAGUCUCAUUUAGCGUGCAGAUGCGGGCGCUCACACGCCAUCGUAUCGAAGCACCAAAUGCGUAAACCUCUCCUUCGAAUUCCCUUUACGGAAAUCCUCACUCCUCCAACAGUCAUACCCCCGAGUGCCAGCACACUUCCAGGGGCUAUUGCCGCUCUCCAGCAGUUCUUCUUGUCCCCACCUCCCAGAGGACUACCGGCCUCCACCGUGGUUCUGUCUGGAGCGGGACUCUCUGUAGCCAGUGGUCUGACCGACUACAGGGGGGUAAAUGGCACAUAUCGGGUAAACAAGUCACAUCGGCCCAUCUACUACCAUGAAUUCAUCUCCAAUCACGAGGCUCGGAAGCGGUAUUGGGCACGGAGCUUCUUGGGCUGGACCACGCUGCACAAGGGACAGCCCAAUGCCGGGCACUUUGCCGUCAGGGAUCUUGGCCAUCUCGGCAUCAUAUCGAGGGUGAUUACGCAGAACGUGGAUUCGUUUCACUCCAAAGCCCAUCCCCAUGUCCCGACCCUAGAGCUCCACGGCUACUUGAGAGCUACAGUAUGUACAUCAUGUCGAAAGGAGUUCCCGCGGGACACCUUCCAGGACGAUCUUGCCCGGCUCAACCCCGCGUGGGCUGCCUUCCUAGCAGAAGCUGUGGCCUCGGGAGCCCUGGAUACCAACGAUCCUCAUGACAAGAGGCGGCACGGCAUUCGAUCGAACCCGGACGGAGAUGUCGAUCUGCCCAACGCACCAUACACGACGUUCCGAUACCCGGCUUGCCCAAGCUGUCUGGCGGAUCCCCCGGUCCUCCCAGAUGGGAGCAAGGCAGUCGUUGAGGUCGACCGUGAAGGAGCGUGGAAGCUGUCCAGCUCCGCGGGGAUCCUCAAGCCGGCUGUUAUCAUGUUCGGCGAGAGCAUCCCAAGCAACAUCAAGAAUGCGGCUGAAGAGGCAAUCGACAGCGCGGGGCGACUGCUGAUCCUCGCGACUUCUUUAGCAACCUACUCGGCUUGGCGCUUGGCCAAGCGAGCCAAGGACCGAGGCAUGCCAAUCGCUGUCGUGAACAUGGGAGGCGUGAGGGGUGAGGAGAGCUUGUUUACCAAUGUCGAUUCCCAACAGACUGGGGCUCAGGCCGUGCGAGUAGAUCUCUCCACGCAGGAUCUCCUUCCGGCACUCGUUGGUGCCUUGCAGCAGCAGCAGCCCAGGGCCAAGGAUGAGCGGGGUCGAAAUGCGCCAGUGAGACCAGGGGAUGAUGGCACAUCUCUGUUUAAAGACAUGUUGUCCUAGGGGUGAUAUGACCACCAUGUAUAACAAGAAACGAAUAGACUCUAGAAAAAGCUUGCCCGACUAGGCGAGCUCGUCUGAGCUGUCCCAUUUGUUGGUUCCGCUUUCUUCAACUGCUCCUCCUCACGCUUGGAAUUUGGCGUAGGCUCAGCUUGUUUCUUCUUCCGAUCCCGUGUCAUCUCCUCCUUUUCGAUCUCGUUGAGCACUAGGAGGUUGAUAUGUCAGUCUCGGCAGGCCCAGUCGUGGUCAAAGAGUUAGGGGAAGCACAUCACAUACCUUCCUGCCACUCAAUCUCUUUUUCCGCAUCUCCUGUCCCCAAUACCUUCUCUACAUCCACCUCCUCUCCCCUCUGGAGCUUCUCUACCACCUCGCGCAGGAGUCCAAUCCUGACGUCACUCUGCCUUGUGAAAGCCGCAAAGUCUUUCUUCAGAGAGAUCAUCUGUAUAGACAUGGAUCCGAUGAGGAG